AUGCUGAACAGCGUGUUUGGGUGGGUCAUGAUUGGUCCCACCUCUCCUCAGAAUCCAGCAUCUCCGACCGAUUGCACCGCCGCGUCCACAAUCGUCUGCAUGGCAUCCCUGGAGGAGUCUCUCGAACGCUUUUGGAAGCUGGAAGAGUUAAGCGUCAAUGAUUCGUACUCACCUGAUGAGCGGCGAUGCGAAACAUUGUAUAAAGAAACCACUCAGCGCGACGAGUCGGGUCGCUAUAUUGUACGAUUGCCCAAACAGACCGACUUCACGGAAAAGCUUGGCCUGUCUAAAACUACCGCUUUGAGACUCUUCGAGCUGCUGGAGAGGAGGCUAGAACGCAACCCACAGCUCAAGGAAGACUAUCAUGCCUUCAUGAAGGAGUAUUUGGAGCUGGGGCACAUGUCGCUCAUGAACAAAGAUAGUGGGGAUGAACGGGCGUACUACCUACCGUACCAUCCCGUAUUUAAAGCAUCCAGUACCACCACGAAAGUAAGGGUCGCGUUCGACGGAUCUGCAAAAACAAGCACCGGUUAUUCCUUGAAUGACAUUCUAUGUGUUGGUCCAAUCGUGCAGGACGAGCUGCUUGAUAUUGUGUUGCGAUUCCGCACCUACCAAAUAGCACUUGUGGGAGAUAUAGCUAAAAUGUACCGACAAAUUCUCAAUGGUAGGUUUGAGUUGCGCAAGUGGACCUCAAACAAUCUGAGCGUGCUCUCCGGCUUAAGCACCGAGUAUAUCGGCACACACUCAUCGCUGCAUUUUAUACCCAACGAGACGGUCAAAGCACUCGGCAUCUCGUGGAAGCCUGAAUCGGAUGAGCUGUGUUUUGAAUCCAACACUGAGGCUGAUGAAGCCACGUCGACCAAGCGAUCUAUUUUGUCGAGCAUUGCCAAAAUGUACGAUCCGCUCGGAUUGAUAGCACCGGUGAUCGUGCGUGCUAAGAUGCUGAUCCAGGAGCUAUGGCUACUCAAAUCCGGCUGGGAUGAACCUGUUCCUAAUCACAUCUAUGCAACAGUAGAAUUUCACACAUUUACCGAUGCUUCGGAGGCCGCCUACGGAGCAUGUGUCUACGCUCGUUGUGAAAACGCGGCGGGAGAAGUCCGCAUCAGCCUAUUAGCUUCGAAGUCUCGAGUGGCACCACUGAAGCGCGUCACGUUGCCGAGGCUUGAACUAAGCGCAGCUGUCCUGGGCGCCCAUCUGCAUCAUCGCGUCAAGGAGGCAAUGCAGAUCGUGUGCGCCGAAUCGGUUUUCUGGUCCGACUCAACAGUGACGCUAAAAUGGAUUGCGUCACCUCCCAACUCCUGGAAGACGUUCGUGGCAAAUCGAGUAGCUGAGGUGCAACACUACUCUCAUCCAAGAAUGGUACGCAUCAUUGCAUACUGCAUACGGUUUGUGCGCAACAUCAAGCAGAAGGCGCGAUCCCAGCGACCGAUACCGCACACCAAUGCAUCUAAGACGAUCACGCCCGAGUACGUGGAUGCUGCAAAAACUGUUCUUUACCGAAUAGCCCAGCAUGAUUCAUUUUCCGCGGAAAUCAAGCAGCUAAAAAAGGGAGAAGCAUUGAUGAAACAAUCACCUUUACGAAAACUUACCCCAUUCCUGGAUACAGAAGAAGUAAUACGGAGAUCUGUAUUGGCCACUGGACGGACGUCGCUUGGUGAAAAGCAUCUCAAGGAACUCGCACGGCAGCCGGUUGGCCAGCUUCCACCAUCCCGCAUCACACCGAUCCGACCGUUUUCUGUAACCGGAGUGGACUACGCCGGUCCAUUCUAUUUGAAGCCAGCGCACCGGAAGGCAGCAGCUACUAAGAGCUAUCUGUGCGUUUUCGUGUGUUUCGCUACGAAAGCUGUGCAUUUGGAACUCGUAGGAGACCUCACAACGGCGGGAUUCUUAGCAGCGCUACGCCAAUUCACAUCACGACGCGGAUUGCCAGCCCACAUCCAUUCUGAUAAUGGGAAAAACUUCGAAGGCACAGAACGUGAACUGAAGGAGCUUUUUGAGCUGUUCAACGACGAACAACACCGCAACACCGUGGCUACCAGAUGCGCUGACCGGGGAAUCACUUGGCAUUUCAACCCACCAAAGGCUCCACACUUCGGCGGAUUAUGGGAAGCAGUAGUAAAGACGGCGAAGCGACACCUCUAUCGUCACCUGGGCAAUACGCGGCUGUCGUACGAAGGCUACUGCACUGUGCUCCACCAAAUCGAGACAGCGAUGAAUUCCCGUCCGCUGUUGCCUUUGUCCGACGAUCCCAACGAGCUAGCUGCACUCACACCGGCACACUUCCUUAUUGGCACAUCGAUGUUCGCCGUGCCUGAACCGGACUACACCCAGCUGAAAUCCUGCACGCUAGAUGAUCUUCAGAAGUGGCAGCUUUUGGUUCAGCGUUUUUGGAAGCAUUGGGCCACUGAGUAUCUACAAGAAAUGCAAAAAAGUUAUGCAAGUGGUGGCAGCAACAACAGCAACAUACUUCCCGGCAGGUUAGUGAUCCUCAUGGACGAAUCGUUACCCACCACUCGUUGGCCUCUCGCGCGUAUCGUUGAAAUCCAUCCCGGUGAAGACAAGAUGGUACGCGUCGUUACGCUCAAGACCGCUAAGGGAAUAAUUACGCCCGAUCACGAACGAAUUACCGAAUUACCGAUCACGAAAAUAUGCGUUUUACCGCUCAGCACUGAUAGCGAAAACCCCGUGUAA